AUGGAUCUCUACGAGCCAGCCUCUAAGCCAGCUGAACCCCAUGCCAGAAUUUUGAUGCUACAUGGCCAUGGUCAAUCAGGUCAAUUUUUUUUUCACAAGACCCGCUUCAUGCAGCAAGUCGUAGGAAAAACCAUGAUCAGAUGGCUACAAGAAUUUGGUGAUAAGGAAUCAAAUUCAGAGGCAGUUGAUUUUUUCUACCCCUCUGCUCCACUGCCUGCCAAUCCCGAUGACCCCUCGAAAGAGACCAGCAAUUUACGCGCAUGGGGCCACGGAGAUCCCGAGCAGGACCAAAUAAACGGCCUCGAAAAUUCCUUGCAAUUUAUCUCCAAGAUUCUUGAAGAAAAUGGCCCCUUUAUUGGAAUAGUUGGAUUUUCGACUGGUGCAGCUGUGGCGGCUUUGAUAAGUUCUCUCCUGGAGAAGAAAGAGUCGGCUUCGGGUUUUCGAUCGAGUCACGCACCAUUGAAAUUUACGAUAUGUUUUAGCGGGUUCAAGUUAGAAAACCCGAUAUACACCCCUGUAUAUGAGCCAACGUUACAGACACCGAUUUUGAAUGUUGUCGGAACUCUAGAUACAAUGAUAGAGCCCGAGAAAUCAUUUCGUCUACAGGAGUGCGGGGAAAAUAUUGAAUUGCAUCAGUUCGAGGGAACACACUACGUCCCACGAAGCCAAGACUUCCUUGAGAACUUGCGAGAAUUUAUUUGGAAAUCGCUCACUAAUGUAAGUGACGAAGAGGGGGCAUGGGAGGAUUGUUGA